GAAUGGGCUGCGGUCGCACGAUAUGACUUCAGCACGUCUUUUCCUAAUUCGGAGCCUCUCAUCAAGAGCUGAACCCAUGAUUUUUUCCCCUUACAGAGCGGCUCGACAAGGCUCUACAGCAACUGGGGUGGUUUGAGAUGCGAGGCUCUCGCGUCAGCGACUGGUCCUCCGCCGACCAGCACCAAAGCGCAGUAUGGCUUCCAGCGAUGAGCGAUUUCUCUUACAAGAUCUUUGUCCAUUGCAAGCGUAUCAUCCGUGGCGAGGACGUUCUUUCAGGAAGGACAUCGACCGCCUUGUCCGCUGGGGCGAUUCGAGCUCUGGUACAACAGUAUCAACCUUUCAAACCCAUCGCCAAGGAGGCAGCACCUGUGAACUGGUGGCGGUCGAGGUUGAAGGAAGACCCCUUUGAGUGUUGGGGUCAAUAUCGGGAGCGAUCGGAUUUCAGCCUCGACGUCAUGUCGCCGUACGCAAAGGAGGUCGAACGUUGGCUCCUUCCGCCUUCUUUCGAUAAUGAAAUCGACCCUCAGCGCAACGCCGCGCCUCGACCAGAACCCUCACCCGAAGCUCAACUAUCAGCCCAAGCUCAAUCCGAACCUAAAGCCCCAUCACGACCCGAACACGAAGCCGAACCUCAAUCCAAAUCGGCCGAGUCGGGACAUACCGAAAUCUCUUCAUCGGACCAGGCUGGCACGGACGCACCUGGGAUCCCAGAGUCGGACUCUGCGGAAAAGGUCGACCGUCAACUGGGCGGAAGGUUGGGAGCGGACGAGAAGAAGGCCACCCCAGAUGCGCUCGUCCUCGCCAAGACUUGAGGGCUGGGGUCGAUCAACCUUUCGCAUGUUCCGCACAGGGAUGAAUGACACUUCGCAAAUCGCAAUAUAACUCUCAAGGCAAGACGCUUUUCGAGGCGGGACCGUAGGCGAGUUCCGGCUUCGAACGUGUCGAGGAGGACGCUUUCGUUUGGUUUUA